GGAAGAGGCUGAACUUGGCUGAAAAGGAAAGAAGGCCGGUUUGGCCCUUACUUUCGGAAUCGGAGAGCUUGCGCACGCGGCCGAGUGCAGGAGGACGGAGGAUGGCAGCGGAUGCAGGAAAGAGGCGCCGGCCGAGAGGAGGAGGAGGAGGAGAGCGGGCCCCGCGGAGCAGCCCUGCCCGGUCCUGGCACAGCUUCCCCGAGAGACGGCGAGGAAAGGCCGGGGGGCUCCGGGGCUGCAGGAGGGAGGAGCCCAGGGGGAGCCCGGGAAAGGCGGCUGCUUGGAGAGCGAUGCGGGGAGGAGGAAACGGGCGGAGACCCCGAGACGGGCCUGGAGGGCAGAGGAUCCUUUGGAAGACCCCCAAAGCCCCGAAGGAUCCAGGAAGGAGGAAAGAAACAUCAGUGCCCGGAAUGUGGAAAAACCUUCAAAAGAAAUGGCCACCUUCAAAGUCAUCUAAGAAUCCACUCAGGAGAAAAACCUCAUAAGUGCCUGGAGUGUGGAAAGAGCUUCAGUCAGAGGAGCAGCCUUUAUAGACAUCAAAGGAUCCACUCAGGAGAAAAAUCUCAUAAAUGCCUGGAGUGUGGAAAGAGCUUCAGUCAUAGCAGCAACCUUUAUAGACAUCAAAGGAUCCAUUUGAUAGAGACACCGAAGAAAUACCUGGAGGGCGGAGGAUCCUUCGGAAGACCUGGAGAUCCCCAAAGGAUCCAGGAGGGAGGAAAGGAACAUCAGUGCCCGGAAUGCGAAAAAUCCUUCAAAACAAAUGGAUGUUUUGAAAACCACCUUAAAAAACACUCAGUUGGAAACCCACAUAAAUGCUUUGAGUGUGGAAAGAAUUUCAGUCAGAGAGGAGAUCUUACACAACAUCAAAGGACCCACACAGGAGAAAAACCUCAUAAAUGCUUUGAGUGUAGAAAGAGCUUCAGUUGGAGGAGCAACCUUUAUAAGCAUCAAAGGACUGAUUGGGGAGAGAAACUGAAGAAAUGCCAGGAGGGCGGAGGGUCCUUUGGAAGACCUGGGAGACCCCGAAGGAUCCAGGAGGGAGAAGAGAAAUAUCGAUGCCCGAAAAGUGAAAAAUCCUUUAAAACAAUUCAAAUCCUUCAAAAUCAUCUAAGAAUCCACUCAGGAGAGCAACCAUUUAAAUGCACAGAGUGUGAAAAAUCUUUCAAAAGAAGUGACCGUCUUCAAAGACAUCUAAGAACCCACUCAGGAGAAAAGAAAUACGAAUGCCCAGAAUGUGAAAAAUCCUUCAAAAGAAAUGACCAUCUUCAAAGUCAUCUAAGAAUCCAUGUGGGAGAAAAACCUCAUAAGUGCCUGGAGUGUGGAAAGAGCUUCAGUCAGAGGGGACACCUUUAUAGACAUCAAAGAAUCCACAUGGGAGAAAAACCUUAUAAAUGCCUUGAAUGUGGAACAAGCUUCAGUCAGAGGAGCAACCUUUAUACACAUCAAAGGAUCCACACAGGAGAAAAACCUCAUAAGUGCCUGGAGUGUGGAAAGAGCUUCAACCAGAGCAGCAGCCUUUAUAGACAUCAAAGGAUUCAUUCAGGAGAGAAACCAUAUAAAUGUAGAAAGAGUUUCUCUGAAUAAGAAGUCUUUGUAGAUGUCAAAGAAUCCACACAAUAGAAAAAUCAUAUACGACGUUUUCCAGAAAAUAAGCCUUAGCCGGAUUUGUAAGCGUGAGCGUACCCAAAAAAUAAGCCUUACUUAAGGCGGGUGGGCAUGGCCAUCACAGGAGCGGUAAGCGCAUGUGGGCCAACGGUGUCUGAUAGCAGCCACAGUCCAAUCAGCACAGGUGUGGCCGAAGAAGAGGCGGGGAGGCAGACGAUCUGUACUCACUGUGCAGGCUGUGGGAAAGCAGAGAGUUCGGGCCAAGAGCGGUGGGCGGCUGCAGGAGGCUUAUCUUCACAGAGCGAUGCUGACAGCAGGCAGAGCCAGAGGCGCAGUCCAGAUGCACUGCAUAGACCGUGAGAAAGCCAUUAGUCAGGCCAGAGCUGGCGGCAGGCCUCGGAAGGCUCAUCUUCACAUAUCUCAGCUUGCACGGUGCAUCAGGAUCUCCUGCUUUCCCUCUGCACCUCUGCCGGUGUUGCCGCAGGAAGAUGAGCCUCCACCGAUUUUCAGGUGCCUCCGGAUCACCUGCCUUAGUCCCCACCUCUGCUUCUGCCUGCUGCUUACAGAGGUAAUCAAUUCACAUGGGCUGCGGCUGCUAGCAGACACUGUCAUUGUGUUUCCACAAAAAUAAACCCUAAUGUUUCUUUUCACUAUCAUCAGAAUAGCAUCAAAAUCAGAAUAGAAAAUCAGAGCUGGAAAGAAUUUUGGGGUCCUCCUUAUCUCUAGGCUAGCCAUAUCUAGUUCCAGCAACCGUUCUUCAUAUGCUUUAGUCUCCAGGCCCUUAAUCAUCCUAAUUACUCUUGUUUGCACUUUUUCCAAAGUCUCAACAUCUUCUUCUGUAAAGUGGUGACCAAAAUUGAAUGUAGUAUUCAGGUGUGGCCUUACUAAGGUUUUAUAAAGCGGUGCUAAUAUUUCACGUGA